AUGGGAAACAUUCUCAGUGGUGUCUCAACGAGGGUGAACACAACAGUUGUGAGUGAUAAAAUUAUAUGUGAAAGCGGAACAAUGGAUGGAAUCGGUGACUCUGGUUAUAAGGAUACAAUUGAAGAAUUUCAUGAUACUGUUAGCGAAGACGAUAAUCGUGCUAAAAGAAGAGAGGAAGAGUUAGAUGAAUUUAAAAAACAACUAACUAUUAAGCGUGAACAAAGAAAAGAAAUAUUAUUGAGACAUAGAACUGAAAAAAAAGAAUUAGAGAAAUCUUUAGAAAAUGAAAUUAGAGCCAAAUUAGAAUUAGCUGAAAAAAAUAAACUUCUACGUGAAUUAUUGACCAAAAAUAAUAUUGAUAUACCAGAAGAAUUGCAAGCUUCCAAAGAAAACUCAGACGUUUUAAAUGCUAUACUACAAAUGAAAGAAGAAGUAGAAAAAUUAAAAUUUAACAACAACAAAUUAAGAUGUGAACUAGCAAACUCUAAUAACGCCUUGCAAGAUGCUUAUUCCGAUAUUGCAGAUCUUAGUGCCCAAAAUACAGAAUCUAUUAAACAGAUCAAUUCGCUUAAAGAAGUGAUUAACGUCAGCAAAACCAUGAUUAAUUUACGGGAACAACAACUGAACGAGUUGAAAAACAAGUUGCAUGAAAUUGAACAGUCACUAGCAGACAGAGAAACGAAAAUGUUAUCGGCUGAUUUAAGACAAGAAUAUGAACGUCAACUCCAAAAUAUUCGUACAUUACGCGGCCUUUAUGAAGAAAGAGCUCGGCUAGCUGAAGUAACUAGACAAGCAUUGCAGAGGGAACUUGAAGAACAAAAAGAAAAGAAUGAAAUUGAAAUCAAAAAGCGAAACGAAUUAAGCGCAAAGGUAGUGGAACUUGAAACACUAGUGAGUACGCUGGAAGAAGCUAUUGAAGACAAAAAGAAUCAAAUAGUAUCAUACCAAAAUGAAACCGGUGGCCUAAAAGCUGAAAUGGAAGUAGUCAAUAAGCUAUUUUCACAAGUACUUCUGGGAUACAAAAAUAAACAAGAUUUAGAUAAACUCAUUAUUCGUCUUGAAGAGAACCAUGGCAUACUUACCCAAAUGGCUGAACAAGAUGAUGGGUCAGAAGCUUCAUCGGCUUUACCCAAACUUUUAUUGCAAUUAAUUAGUCAAGUGGAAGACACGGAAGAAACUAAUUCAACUACCAUGUCAAAUGAAGAUAUAAAAGAAAGAGUAGAUGAAAACAAACAGGCAGAGGAAAUAGUCACUCAAAACCCAGGAAACGCUACAGCAGAAGAAAUUGUACAAAACCUUCCAAAAGUUUGGAGAGUGCUCAUGGAGCUUUUGAGUCAUCAAGCUGUGCCAGAUGUGGAUAAUACCGCGAAAGUAACAACUUGUUAUAAAUCAGUGGAAACUAAAUCUGGACCGGUAUUAGUACCAAGUGUUAGCCAAACUUAUAUAAGAUUGAAGGAUUUGAUUAUAGAAAAGUUAACACUAAUUAAAGAAGUUAACCGAAUGAAACAACUCAAUGGACACUUGGAAACACGCUUACAAGAACAAGAACGCCGGUUAUGUCUAGUAACAACAGAAUUGAGCAAAACGUGGCACGUCGUAGGCCGCCUUCGAAGACAUCAUCAUCAAUUACACACACAUGAAAAGAUACUGAAGUAUGAAUUACAACAAAAACGAAAACUGCUCAACGAACUUAAAGAAGAACUUGAAUAUUGCCGGGAGAAGUGGGAACAAGCCCGCGAGAAAAAUUCGCAAUCUGAAAAAGAUUGGAAAAAGUUGCGAGCAGAGUUUUCAAGUAGAAAACUAAAAUCUACCUCAACCUCUAUUAAUAAUUCAGCGGAAAGUGGUUACAGUGACGAAAGACCUUCUGAUGAAUCAUCAGAGUCAAACGAUGAAAGUGAAUAUAUAAAAAAAUCGCAAGUAAGAUGUAAGAAGAAAGUCAAAAAAUCUUUUAAUACAGUAAUAGACUCAAGUGCGGAUUGUAAUUUAGCUGCAGAAAGAGAGGAUCCUGUGAGUGACAUGUUGGACGUUGCUGAAUUGCCACUAGACAAUCAAGAUCUUGAACCAUUAGAGACACCUGCUUCUUGCAACAAUGAAAGUUCGAAUACAUACGAGCAAGGGUAUGAGGAAACAGAAGAUGAAGUUGGUGAUAUUGGUAACGACUCGUGUACAGAAGAAUAUUCUAUAGCAGAACCCUUUAAAGAUAAUAGAGAAUCGUGUGAUACUGACUUCAAAGAUUCACAUUUAGUAAAUGACACACAAAAAAACAUGACACUUGAACAAUUGACUGAUACUCAAGUAGCAAUUGAUCCUUUAAAGAUUUUAAGCAGCAUAGAGGGACAAAACGAAAUGCUGGCUAGAAAAGACAAAAAGUUAGAAUCUCUUGAAAAAGACAGUAAUUUGUUACUUAAGAAAACUGAAACGAUAUCAAAAUUAGGCGACCAAAUUAAUAAUACGCUGGAUCAUUUAAUUAAUCGGCCUUCAUCUAGUAAACAUAACAAUGAAAUUUACAGUCAGACAAAAGGGCCAGAAAAAAGUGAAUCAAAUUUAUACAUAGAAAUAAAUCAAAUUUCUCAUCAAGAUGAUAACGCAACGGUAUCAAAUUCUUUAGAUCAAAAUCAAUCAAUACAAAAUAUAUCCCUUACUGAUAGUGAACAUUUACCCUUGCCAAGCAAAAAUGAAGCAACUAAAACGCCACUUCCUUCAAAUGAUUCGUCAAUUUCUAACCAACCCUCUCUAGAUUUUAAAGCAAUUAUAGAAAAUAUUAAACGACAAAAUGAACAUCUUACGUUAAAGGAUCAAAGACUGCAAAAUUUAGAAAAUGCUUGCUCCGAUGUACUAAAUAGCAUUACCAGUACCAUUAGAACAGGUGAACAAAUUUCGGAUAAAUUAGAGACACUUCAUAGUGAGUAUAAUAAAUCCAGCGACUGUAUUUCUCAAUCGAGUGGAUCUGUAAUAGAUGUGGUUAAAAGCAAUUUAGAAACCGUAGACGUUAAACCCGAUUCAUCCACAUCUAACGAUCUGAAACAUGAAGCGAUAUUUGCCGCCCGCGAUUUAAGACUAAAGAGGUUGGAGGAGCAAACAAAAUCACUCGUACAUAAAGUUAACAAGACUGCAACAAAAGGAGUGAAAAUAAAUUAUAAGUUAGAAGAACUUCAUAAUAUUUACGGGUCUGAAACCUCUCGCGCUAGUACACCUUCAGAAGAUAAUGAAGAUAGUUCCCAAAGUAGCACUGCCGAGAAAGAAAACGAAAAAUAG